GUUACCCAGCAGCCAUUUUUACUUGAGGGAUCACACACACACAGUAGCUGCGUCAAAAGUUGUUUUUUAACAACUGGAUUGAAUAUUAGCCAAGAUGAAUGAGGACGUGUUUGAGGUCCCUGAAGGAACAGAGUACCGUUAUCUGGUACAAGAGGAAGGAGAGGAGGAAGUGCAGUAUGUGCGCCGCAGACACUACGUCAGCCCAUUCCUGGUCCUGUCCAGACGCUGCAUCUUCCUCGUCUGCAUGGGGGUGCUAUCCCUGCUCACCUUGGCUGGGUACCUGGCCUACGUGGCCCAGACUCUGCCCCCUGGCUCAGCCCAGGUCACUACUGACUGUGGAGAGUUCCAGGGUAGACAGAGGAAUGGGGCCUACUCGUUCAAGGGCCUCCCCUACGCUGCUCCCCCCAUUGGGGAACGUCGCUGGGCCCCACCAGCCAAACCCCGGUGUGGAAACGGGGUGGGGGAUGCCACCCGCUUCCGCAGCAAGUGUCUCCAGGUGCAGCCGCUCUCAGACACGGGGAAGGUGAUUGGCCAGGAGAGCUGCCUCUUCCUGAACGUGUGGACCCCCACCCUGAGCCCCGACGCUGCCCUACCCGUCAUGGUCUGGAUCCAUGGGGGCUACCUUCACAUGCUUAGUGGAGGAGAGGAGGGCUACUCGCCCACAGAGGAGCUAGCAGCCCAGACAGGGAUGGUCUAUGUCAGCUUUAACUACAGGCUCAACGCAUUUGGGUUCCUGGCCCUGGAGCUACUGAGGGAGGGCUCCCCUACCAAUACCUCUGGUCAGUCUCUAGCAGUUGGCACAUCGACGUUUUUACAGUUUUGCCAAACGAGGUCUUGAUGUCUCAAGCCGUUUCACACAACAUAGAUCAUGUUGUAUUUAAGAUAUGAUAAUAGGAAGGUUUUAAUCUUUUUAAACAAGCUAUUUCUAACACCAACAGAGUGAUGAAAUAUUCAUGAUGUUUAUGUUUGUUCUCUCAGUGACGUUGUUUAUAAUUGUGUAUAUCUAUUUAAUGAGUUUUAAG